GUGGUUCACUCACUUUUAUGUGGUUUCUGUGCUCUGGAACGGCUUUCUACUGAUUAGUCUUUUCCGAGCGGAGUUCCUUGGAGGGUCGCUCCCAUCAUGGAUUCAGCACAUGCACCAUGCACUUGGCAGAGAUUCUCAGAGUGAGGACAUGGAUAGCCAGCACUUCUCUGCGCUCCUGGUUCUCCUCAUGCUUUGGCUGCAUAGUUGUCGAAGACUUGCAGAAUGCCUCUGGACCAGUGUGUUUUCUAAUGGUGUCAUUCAUAUUGUGCAGUAUUGCUUUGGACUUGCUUACUACAUUGCCAUUGGCUCAACUGUGCUAUGUCAAGUGCCUACUAAUGUUAGGAAUGGAAAAGAGUUUUCUGCGCAGAUCUGCUGGUAUCACAUCAUAGGAGUUACGAUGUAUAUUUGGGCCUCUCUUCACCAACACAGAUGUCUUGUGAUUCUGGCUAAUCUUAGAAAAAGUAAAUCGGGAAAGGUUGUAAGUCUGAACCACAGUGUACCUUUUGGAGACUGGUUUGAAAGAGUUUCUUGCCCUCACUAUUUUGCAGAGCUCCUCAUAUAUGUAUCUAUGGCUGUCACAUUUGGACUUCACAAUGUGACGUGGUGGUGUGUAGUGAUGUAUGUUCUUUUCAACCAGGCGCUGGCUGCGGUUUUGUGUCACGAAUUCUAUCAGACAAAGUUUAGCUCCUACCCAAAGCAUCGAAAAUCAUUUAUACCGUUUGUUUUCUAG